AUGGGUCAAAACCGGGACCGUGUAUUCAUUGUUUCAGCGAAGCGAACUCCCUUCGGGGCCUAUGGAGGGUUGCUCAAAGACCUCACGGCCAUAGAUCUGGCAGAGCAUGCUGCCCGAGCUGCACUGGUGGCUGGCAAGGUCUCUCCUGAGAUCGUUGACAGUGUCAUUGUUGGCAAUGUCAUGCAGAGCUCCGUAGAUGCUAUUUAUAUUGCAAGACAUGUUGGUUUACGUGUGGGAAUUCCUGUCCCAGUUCCAGCCCUCACUAUCAGCAGACUCUGUGGCUCUGGUUUCCAGUCCAUUGUCAAUGGAUGUCAGGAAAUUUGCCUUAAUGACUCAGAAGUGGUUCUGUGUGGUGGAGCUGAAAAUAUGAGCCAAUCUCCUUACGCUGUUCGAAACAUUCGAUUUGGAACCAAAUUAGGAGCAGAUUUGAAGUUGGAAGACACGUUGUGGGCAAGUCUAACUGACACGCAUGUUAAAAUACCUAUGGCAGUUACAGCUGAAAAUCUGGCUGUAAAAUACAACAUCACACGAGAGGACUGUGACCGAUAUGCAGUCAAAACGCAACAGAGGUGCAAAGCCGCUUAUGAUGCUGGUUACUUUAAUGCUGAGAUGGCACCAGUUGAAGUGAAAACAAAAAAAGGGAAAGAAAGUAUGCAAAAGGAUGAGCACCCAAAACCCCAGACUACGCUGGAACAAUUGGCAAAGCUCCCACCUGUCUUUAAGAAGGAUGGAACGGUCACUGCUGGGAAUGCUUCAGGUGUGUGUGAUGGCGCUGGAGCGGUCGUCAUUGCCAGUGAAUCAGCACUUACAAAGCACAGUCUUACUCCACUGGCGAGAGUAGUAGCUUAUCACUCAUCUGGCUGCGACCCUACCAUAAUGGGCAUUGGCCCUGUACCUGCAAUUACUGAAGUCCUGAAGAAGGCAGGACUGACCCUGAAGGACAUGGAUUUGGUGGAGGUGAAUGAAGCAUUUGCACCCCAGUAUCUAGCAGUUGAAAAAGCUUUGGGCCUUGACCCUGAAAAAACCAAUGUCAAUGGAGGUGCCAUCGCAAUUGGUCAUCCUCUGGGUGCUUCGGGAUCGCGGAUCACAGCUCAUCUGGUUCAUGAAUUAAGGCGUCGUGGUGGGAAAUAUGCAGUUGGGUCAGCUUGCAUUGGAGGUGGACAAGGUAUUGCUCUCAUCAUUGAGAACACAGCCUGAGAGAUUCCGGAUGCUUCCAGAAGUGCACAGAUUCAUAAUUCCCCAAAAAAGUAUGCCUGUUACGAAGAUAAAUCAUCACUACCUCCCUUCAUUUCGUGCCAUUCCUGCAAGGUGAAGGAAUGAUUGAGAAGUCUGAUUUCUGGAAAAAAAAAUUCAAUAAUGUCUCUCUAACUAAAGGAAGUGUAAAGCCAAUAUAAUCUUACGGUGAUGAAAUAUUUUCUAAAAACCUAUUUUCAGUUAAAGUAAAUGUAUUUCUGUAGGCAAAAUUCUUCUAAUUUCCUGAGGAAAAUGCCUGUCAAUCUUUCACCGAACCUGCCUUAAAAUAGCAGUACAGCUUUUUAAGCAAGUAUUGCUUUAACUUUUCUUCUUUCAGCUACUUGUGCUGCCUGACAUAUAUGUACCUCUUUUGUCACCAGGAAAGGUGAAAAUUUAAUUGGAGACCUUCUGAAGUAUAUACUGAUUGUAGAUUCAUGGCUAUAACUUGUACCCUGCUGUUUUGCAAGGGAAGAGGAAAACAGGAGAAAGCUAAAUUUUCCAUUGUGCCUCUCAAAAGAACAAUAAAUGUAACUGAAAAAAGA